GGUAUACCAAGUUGCUCCUACAGCGCGGAGACCUACUUGCCGCAUCACACGAUCACAAAGAUAACAGGAGCCCUGAAACAACCCUGAAAGGCACUUAAAAAUACCCAGACGCCGCGUAUGACAGUGUACUUGAACUUAAAGUCUCGUAGGCUGUUUCGAGAUUAUCGUAAUCGGGUUCUUCCGAUCCCCAGAACGAAGCGCUCGAGCGUUGUCCUCUUAGGUGGCAUCCUGCAACAAGAUUACAUAACUCGAUAGCACACCUUUCGACAUCAUUAACCACCAUGGAGUCAGCUGCGAUUGCAUUGUACUUGAACAAGAGCGCCCGAGGCGCACAAAAGCGCAGGGAAAUACUAGGUGCAACUCUGCAGGCAAUCAACACAGGAACCAUCACUUUCGCAGACAUUUCACACGAUCUGGCUGCGAAAGUGCGGUUCUCCACGCAAGUGACCGCGUAUUAUCCCCAGUCCCAACUCACCCCUUGGGUGGCGUACAUGCCUCCACAAGGGUCACUGGCAGUGAGAACGGAGGUUUCUGUUCUUGAGAUGUCGACGCUGGAAGGUGCUCGCAUACUCAUAGACGCCCUAUCAUCCCACUCUCGAAGCUUCGGGAGGAUCGUUAUUUUGAAUUUCGCCAAUCCAGUGAAAGCAUAUGGGCGUCUUAUCUGGGGCGCCAGACCAAGAAGAGUCUAUCCGCUCUACUCUCUGCAUCAUCAAGAUGAUCAGUAUAAGUUCUAUCAUCAUGCAAUACCAUUUACACCAUCGGCCGUCGUAUUACGCAAUGACGCUGAGGAGUGGGUAUCACCGUUCGAUGGAGGAGCGCUUGAGAACAGGAUUCUCGAGGUCGUGAAGGAGAGAAUGACCCGCAUUCUGUUCUUGUUUGAACAGCUAGGGUCGAAGAAUAUUGUUCUAGGAAGCUUUGGAACCGGCGCAUUUCGCAACAGCGUUGAGAGCGUCGCAAGAAUACGGGCGGAAAUGCUCGUCAGGGAAAUGGUGCGCUUCGCGCGGUCUUUCAACCGGGUGGUUUUUGCUAUUCUGGGGAAUGAUACUGUCAAUACAUAAGGGCGUGUUCGACGGCUAGAAAAUCAUCAUUUUUCUUUGUAUCCCGAGUUCCGAAUCCUGAUUGUACGCUGAUGUCAAAUCUGUAGAUAUUUUGAUGCACUACUUCUCGCAAACACAAGGUGAAUCAUCGGGGUCCACACUCUAAGGUAUUGUGUACAUCAAAUCACUACCCUUGCGGCAUCAUGGUUGUGGCUCCUCAUUAUGUCUUUUGUAUCUAGGCAUAACACCCACGACAUCACUCAUUUCCUGCAUGAGCUCGCUGUCAUUCUUAUGACCUCUCCAUUUUGGACUGUUACUGAUAUGUCAGAACAAGGGGUGGCCAGGGAGAUGUAUUCUUACAUUCCGUCACACACUUCCAUGAC